AACGACAACGACAACGACAACGACAACGACCACAACCAACUUGGAUGACUUCUGCGAACAGUACAGUGGUGAAAAGCAUGCGUGUGCUGCACAGACAUCAUGUGCUCUCGUUGAGCAAUGCCGCCCCACUACUGCGCGCUGCCAGCACAGCAACAUGACAGCAUGCGAGGCUGAAGACGGCUGCCAGUGGGACGCUGCAGGCUGCUUCCUCGCUCAGCAUCCGUGUUUCCAAUAUCAGGACAAGCGCAGGUGCAAUGGCCGUGACGAAUGCCAAUGGCAGGAGAUGUGCCUCCGUUCGGUUAUUGAGCACGAGUUUGACGAUUACGGCAGCACGUAUUGCGAGCGCAUGGUGUGCCGAGACGCGCUGAGCAAGUGCACUGGAGGCUGCAGAGCAACAUACGAAUGCGCACUUCGCCCAUCCCAGCAAGGCGAGUGCACAGACCCAGACGUCUGCUUGAACGAGUGCAUGGACCAGGUGUCGCGAACUGCAGAGGAGCAUGCUGCAUUCAUGGAGGUGGCAAAGUGCGAGAAGCGCUGCUACUUUGCACCUGUCUGCGCCGUGAGCAACGAGGAAAUGUGCCAGGCCAAUCAUCUUUGCAGCAGGAACCAAUACUGUGCACCAAAGGACGACACGCUUUGCUGGGCAGAAACGAAGCUCGCAUGCUUAUCUGAUCGCCGCUGCAGCUGGGAUGAAGACAACUACUGGUGCUACCUCCAACGUCAUGAAUGCUUGAGCUACCAGGAUGCGACGUUGUGCCGGGCUUCGUCAUCGUCCUGUGAGUGGCGCAAGGAGUGCGAGUACGACGAGCCUGUGCCGCCCGAGGACCCCACCAAAGUGUGCAUGGAGGAGAGGUGCGCAUCUGUCAUCAAGCCGUGCACCGAGCGUGCAGACUGCCGCGCGGCGUGGGAGUUUAUUGGUGCGCGCUACGAGAACGGCACGUGUGAUGCCGCGUGCUUCAACGACGCGUACGCGGACCUGAGUGUGGGCGCUGCCCGGCUGCUGGAUCGCGCAGUGUCGUGCACCAAGACGUGUCUUGGGGAGGUGGAGUGCCGAACGACGUAUCCGACAAAGGACGAGUGCAGUACAAGCUCGGAGUGCGAGUGGGAGCAGCGGUGCGCUGCGCCCGAGGAGCGAUGCAGCGGCUUCUUGUCCCAGUCGGCGUGUGUGCAGUAUGGAUCUUCGUUCUGCUACUGGGACAGCAGCGUGGAGAAGUGCAACGUGAACCGACGCAGCAACCCCUGCACGCGUUACACCUCUUCAGACUCGUGCACCUUCAACGGAUGCCAGUGGCAGGAGCAGUGCACAUCUGCGCCCAGCACGGCAACUUGUGACGCAGAUGCCCUUGACUGCCUCUACAAUGCCCACGUUGACACGACGUGCGACAGCACAUGCUAUGCAAGCUGUUCAUCUUACGUGGCCGGAUACACAUUCGCUAGCCUCCUGUUCAAGGCUUCGAGCUGCCUGCUUGACUGCCACGAGGAGUGCUCACCGGCGGAGCAGCCGUUCAUCUUUGAGAAGCAGCAGUGCGUGGAGAGCACGGACACGGUGACGGUGAAUGUGGGCAGCCAGUGGAAGGCAACCGACCGCGUGCUGCGCGCGUACUGCCAUUUCUAUGACACAGACGGCGUGUGUGGACCCAGCGGAUGCAUGACGCUUGGAUGGGUGGCGCCUUCCAGCCGUGACGGCUUUGUGAGCGUGACGUGCGAGCUGCCUGACGUGUGGGACAUUCUUGCCGAUGGCGCCGAGGUCAAGCUGCGUGUAACACUGUACCCGUCCAUCGCCCAGAACCUCGUCUCCCCGUUCUGCUCAACGUACAACUACGCGCUGCUGACCAAACGCGACACGUGCACGCAGCCUGGCAGCCCUUGCUCGCAGCAAACGGUGCCUCGCAUCUUUGACGUGUCGCCUGAGUGUGGCAUUGGCGAUUCGAGCACGGUGAACGUGUCUGUGUCGAUUGACCCGACAUACGGGGAGGACGCGCGGGCAACGUGCGCCUUCUGGAUUCGCAAUGCCGAUGGUCGCCUGUCGUGCACGUGGCACGGGUGCUAUGCAGCGGCAACAGUCGACGCCGCAGGCGACACGAUCAUGUGCACGCUGCCGCCAAGCGUGCCCGAGGACGUGUCCAUCUUCGUGACGGUGCAGGUGUGGCACAAGGACAACGCAGACAAGCAGCGCAACCAGUGCUUCUCGCACGAGGGCCAGUCGUCGUACCUGUGGAGCGACUACGACUAUGGCAAGUUCACGGCCAAGUGCCCUGUUCCGCAGUGCACAGACGAGUACGUGCCGCGCGUGUACGGCAUUGAUCCCGAGUGCGACCUGGCACAGGACGCCACCACCAUCGACGUCUCUGUUGCCAUUGACCCGACAUACGGCGAUGACGCGCGGGCAACGUGCGCCUUCUGGCUGCCUGAUGCUACUGGACGCCUGUCGUGCACGUGGCAUGGGUGCUACGCAGCGGCCAGCGUCAACGCGGCCGGCACGGUGAUCACAUGCACGCUGCCAGAUGGCCUGCCACCGAACGAGGAGGUGCACGUGACGGUGCAGGUGUGGCACAAGGACAACACUGCCAACAAGCAGCGCAACGAGUGCUUCUCGCACGAGGGCCAGUCGUCGUACUCGUGGGGCGGCUUUGACUUUGGCGUGUUCUCGGUCAACUGCCCUGGUCCAGAGUGCACGGAUGCGUAUGUGCCGCGCGUGUACGGCAUUGAGCCUGCGUGCGGGCUGGAGGAAGGCGCGCAGACGGUGAACGUGUCUGUUGCAAUCGACCCGACAUACGGCGCAGAUGCACGGGCAACGUGUGCGUUCUGA